AUGUACAAGUCUCUCUUGACCGCAAAAGUCAAAGCAAAAACCACAAACGGUAAGAAGAUCGCCGACAAAGCUUCUGUCGACGCUCAUCAAUCUUCGGACAAAGAGUCAAUGGCAGGAGAAGUACAGUUUGCGACCGGUGCCAUUCCCAAACACGACGAAAUGGGAUCCACACCAUAUUUCCACAAAAAUAUUAAAGCAAUGAGAGGACCGAUUCCUCUAACUAUUUUCAACAAAGGUUGGAAAAAUCGCGCAAUCCUCUACCAUGCGGAGAAGAAAUUGAAAUACGACGCUUCAUCCUCCGACCGCAACCGUUACACGGGUCUCCCUUACCCUAGCGAGUGGACCCAGACUUUCACCGAGUGGACCAACAAUCACCAGUCGUUCCAUAAGACACUUUUAGAAGAAUUUGAUUACAAAAAGAUGGCUAAGUGGCUCCUCACCCACAAAGCGAACACAGACGUGUUGGUGGCCGAAGAUGGCUUCAUGGUUGCGCUACGAUAUGACGUCCAAGUGAGGACGAACACUUUUGCCCACCAAGUCCUCCUUGCAGAUGGCUCACUCUCAGUCGCUGACAUCUUGGUUUUUUGCCCAAAAAUUGCUCACUCAUGCUAUGCGACAGCACGUAAGUUUGGGGAGUUAGAAUUCACAGAUAAUCCCUAUGCAGAGUCGGGAGUACGGGCCAAUUGGGAUCCGACAACUGGUCAAACCAAGCUGGACAAGAAGCCACAAGUCAUGAAAGCGACCAUGGCCAGCACAUCAACCGGGCCCUCCUCCCUUCCGACACACCCUAACUCCAUGAAAUCCCCAAGAACCCAUGGGUACAAGGGGAACAAUUUCAACCCAAACCACGGCUCCCACUCGAACAACUCUGCAUCAAAACACUCGUACUCCAAAAACUUAAGUAACAUAGAUAAGAGCCCUACACCUGAACAAACAUGGCAACUAGCGCUCCACAACGCAGCACUACUGCCGGAAUUUUACGACGUCAUCAUAGGAUUCCACAACGGUUUCUCUCAAGGAAUCCCACCCCACUCUCUAGGAGAAGACAUCCCUUACUUCACCCCACCCAACCAUGCUUCCGCCUGGGAAGUACAAGACAAAAUUGAAGAAAAACUGCAAAAAGAAUUGCACACAGGCCGUAUGUUUGGCCCGUUCAUGCAUGAACAAGUACAGGAGAAGUUCCCUUUCUUCAGAUACAACCCACUUGGGGCAGUCGUCAACGGGGACGGAUCUCUGAGACCGACAAACAAUUUAUCCUUCCCACGUAGGAAUCCACGCAUACCAUCAGUAAACCCGGAUAACUUCCUCACAACCUGGGACAAUUUCAAUGUUGUAUCAAGCUUCCUUCGCAACAUCCCUCAGCCUGUCUCCUUCGCCAUUUUCGAUUGGGAAAAAUUGUACAGACAAAUCCCAACGGCAAUGGAUCAAUGGCUGUUCUUGUUCAUCAGAACCUUUGAUGACAAACUUCUACUAGACACGAGAGUAACGUUUGGGGGGGUGGCUGGCUGCGGCUCCUUCGGCCGCCCAGCAGAUGCAUGGAAGAAAAUCAUGCUGCAUGAGUUCGAUUUAAUCACAAUCUUUUGCUGGGUGGACAACAACCUCUUCGUCAAGCACAUGGACUUGCCGACUCGGAUGGAAGAGGUCGUUGCUAGGUCGGAUGAACUGGGAGUAAAAACAAACAACGAGAAAUUCACCCCAUUUGCGGUAGAACAAAAGCACAUAGGAUUUAUAUGGAACAGAGUGGAUAAAUCAGUAAGACUCCCGGACGGGAAGUUAAUGGAUCGGAUCAACCAGCUGAAAACCUUCACGGCACAGACAAGUUUCUCAUACAACAACGUUGAGAUCAUGACCGGACGACUGAACCACGUCUCAUACAUCCUCCCACAGCUACGCUGCUACCUCUGUGGCUUCUAUAGGUGGAUGAAAAGCUGGGUUGUGAAAUCAUCCCGUAGAGAUCUCCCAGAAGAUGUCAAAGGCGACUUGGAGCGUUGGAUGCACAUGCUCCUGACUUUCAAACCAACGAGCUUGAUACCCAACCCCGCUCCAACGGAAAUCGGGUGGGUGGGUGACACAUCGACCAGCUUUGGGAUUGGCAUCCUCGUCGGCCAUCAAUGGGCCCAAUUUCAGUUGGCUGAAGAGUGGCUAAGCAUAAGAAGGCACUCAGGGGGAAUCGCAUGGCUAGAAACGGUUGUGAUCCGUCUAGGACUCCUGAUGCUUGAAACUUUAGGAAUAAAACAAGGCAAGACCUUCAUAGUCUGGACCAACAACACCCCAACAGAAAACGCGAUCCAAAAGAGGAAAUCCAAAGAUUGCGCGGUGAAUGAAGAAUGGAAAAUUAUCCAAGAUCUCGCAUUCUCGCUAACUCACUCAAUGAUUCAAACUGAGAAGUUGUCGGCCCUCACCAAAAACGGUUCUGACGAGAGAGAGAUUACCCCUCAAGACCUCCACUUCCUGAGAGGGUAUAAGUGGAACUCGCUUCUGGGUUUCAACACUGCAGUCAAAAAAUUUGUCAAGUUCAUGUCCUCAAAGGGGAUAUCAUCCUUUAAACUCCUGGUAGACGAAGAUACUAUCUACGGAUUCUGUUUUUGGGCGGGGCAAGACAAGGAUAAAGUGACCGGCCAGGAAAUUGCAGCCAGCACGCUUAGCAAAUACCUUCACAGGAUUCAGGUGUGGCACUUGUACCAUAAAGCGACCUACCCUACUGGCAUAGAGAAAAGAUUCAAGAUUCUUCUGCGCUCCUCCGCCAGAGUCGAGACCACCAUUGCAUCAACACCGAAGAAAGGGGCUAUCCACUUGAAGCAUAUGGUCCAUCUCACAAAAUCACUCCUAAAAGGAGGACCCAAAGAGAGGGCCAUCCUCAAUUUAGCUAUCUCGGCCUUCUGGGGCAUGGCUAGGCUGGGAGAGCUGACUUACCUCUCAUCCGGAGGACCCCUAGACCCCUUGUCAUCGCUACUCACAUCCGACGUGCUAUUUCAAGAUUCUAGUAAAGGGAAGAAAGCCAUCUUGAUUCUCCCGAGUGCAAAAACGGCAAAGCCCGGAGAGCUCCAACGCAUUCAUCUGAACCCUCUAGACAAUAUUCUUUGCCCGGUAGAAGCGGUCAAGAGGCGCCUAGCUAACGCUGCAGGAAAAGAAACCUCUCUAUACGGCUAUUUCAAUCUCAACAACACCCGGGUCCACCUCACUAAAGACACAGUGACUCGAACACUGGCAGCCGUUUGGGCUGAGGGGAACUACUCCGGGAUCUCUGGGCAUUCCUUCCGAGUUGGAGGAGCCUCCCUCAGGAAUGCUUUAGGAGUCCCAAUUGACAAGAUCUGCGUUCUGGGACAGUGGGUCUCUGAUUGCUAUAAGCUCUACAUACAGCCCUACUCUCCAAUGAAAGUGUCUGAUUCAAUCUCACUGAUGAGAGAUCUAGACCUGUCUUGGCAAGCCUCAUCCUUGAAGAAACUCCAGUAA